GGUUUCAUUAUCGCUGGGGCCAAGAAUCUUCAUUUCAUGUGCAUCACCUGAGACGACGUUACGUUAGGUAGUCAGCUAACUUCCUAGUUCCAGUGCAAGUGAAGAAUACUAUUAGAGACUGGAGAGGAGUAUACAGAUUAAACAAAUUGAUCAAUUAGCCAAAAACGGAUGGUAAUCUCAAGAGAGACACCAAUUCACCUCGACAGUAAUAUAUGAUUACUUCAUUUCUAGAAAAGCUUAUACCAGCGGGUCGCUUCAGUCUUCUUUUUUUUUCCACCCAUGUUCUUUUUUUUAGCCAGGGAAAGGAUGAUGCUUGAAUGCAAAUUCAGCAUCUCGAAAGUACAAGAAGAAUUAGACAGAAAAAGGAAAAGAAAAAGCAUAGGCCCUGGUGAGAUCCAACGGUGUCAGCAAAAAUAGUGUGUAGAUUAGAAGCCGCUCGUCGGCCGCCAGUCGAAAUAUCUCCGGCUGUCAUCAAACAGGCGACAUCUUAUUCUUUUAGCUCUAGCCAGGGGACAACCUUGUCUGUACCUGUAUCUUUCCAAUUUGGUUCCUAGAUACAGGUAUGCCCCGGACCUACCGAAAGGGGCGAAGCAGUUUUGGAAGAAAAAAGAGCGUCCAAGCGCAAAAAAAACUAACAGGGAUCAUGAAGAGGGAUUGCUUGAUUAAUAUGGGGUAGUCUACAUUAUUCCGCUUACAAGGUGGAAGGGGAAUUUUAAAAUUUCGAUUCUAGUAAGAAAUGAGAGUUGAGAGAUAGAUACCUACACGAGAGAAGUGUGUGUAUAGAUAAUGGAUGCAAGUUGAAAAUGUGACAAGACAAGUAAUAAGUGGUGCUAAUAGCGGAAGGUUGUGACGCCCACUUUUUCUGAUACGAGACGCAAAGAUGGAUGUGAUACAGACCUCUGACUCUGUCGGUAAGAGUGGCUCGGACGAUGAUUGUGGAAAAUCAGGUUAUGCUCGUCGCAAGAAGGAGAAGAGGGCGAGGCUAACAAGAUACGCAUUUUACAUCUGUCUUGUGUUGUGUAUUUCAACAAGAUGCUGUAAAGAGGACAGACAGGAGCAAUGCAUGCACCACCAACACAAUUCAAGCAUUGGCAGGGGAUUUUAUUAAAGCAAUCUAACAAGAUAAUGGCCAAGCACAGCUACGCAUUUCGAACCACGUAUUAUUACGCGUGGCACGAGUGGUGCGAAAGUAGCAAAAACGAUGGGCAAAUAGCCCCCAUGCUUUAGUGUGUUACAGAUUUAUUUUUAGCCGCCAUGGAGGAAGUGAAAAGAGACGCGCAAUCUAUGUACAUGCUGCAAGGGUGCAAAGACAAAUAGGGACCGCAAAAUAAAACUAAUACACAAAUUUGAAAUAUAAAUAUUAAUUAUUGAAGGAAAAGUUAUCUAGCACCUUGUGCGAGAUAACUCUAGUGUUGUUGUAGUGUGUAAAGUUGAGAAAUGCGUGCUGAUUAUUUUAGAAUUCCCUCUUAUUCUUUACACCCCUUGAUGCUGCUAUAGUAAAACAGCCGAGAAUAAUCACUAGGCACAUGGCAGUCUCUAAAAAGAAUGAUA